CUUCCCCUAUGAAUUAAUCCUAUGUUCUGACCGCUCCAGCAGUGCCUUCCUCCUUGAUUAAUAUUGCACAUAGUUCCCCAAUUCCUGCCAGGCCUUCAAGGUGAACUGAUGAUCAGGUGGCCUAGUAGGUUCCUGCAGCACCCGCAGCCCCCGCGGCACCGGCACCUCCAGCCGCAAAUGCGCCUCCGGGUUGGCCAACACCGUGGUCUAAAAAGUAACUUCAAUACUAGACAUUGGUCAACACUUACCACUGGUACUCCCCCGUGGGAACCUCCAUUCGGACCCCAUGGGCCAUUUCCACCUGCAAUCAAGGGCCACCAGGACCGCCAAAUCCACCAGGACCACCAUUGCCGCCAUUACCACCGUGACCACUUCCACCAGGAGUAGCACCGCUCAGGCCCUGUUGUAUGAUAUAUCAGCAGGGAAUACAGUCAAAUAUUUUUCGACACUUACAUCAAGAGUAUCAUCAACGGUAC